GGCUCUGUGUGUCUGUCACUGGAGCCAAGGAGGGUGGGAGGGUUUUCUUCUACUCCUCUUAGAUUACCAGUUCCUCUCAUCUUUUUCUGUUUUACUGUGACUCUAUCUCUUAAUAUCUUUUUUUGUUCUGUCAGCUUCCCUCAACAUUUUUGCCUCAGUCUGGAUCCGAGUCCAACUUGUCAAGGACAGUCUGCGUAAAUAUGAUCAGCACCAGUUUGCAGCGCAGUGAAGACUAUCAGCGCGACUGGAAUUAAAUUGUCCAAACUGAAAACAAGAGGAGCUUUCACCUGUCAUAUUUCAAAGACUCUACAGCUGCACUUACUGUCAUCUCUCCUCCAUAACCGCCGGCAUUUCACUCCCGAAGGCUGUGCACCCCUCCAUGCUGACAGAGAGAGUCCCUGUCGGCCUCAUGUCCUCGGUUGUAGCCCCAGAGAAGCCCACCUCCAACACCAUGGGCCCCAAAGAGGUGGAGCUGAUCCUGGUGAAGGAGCAGAAUGGGGUCCAGUUCACCUCAACCACCAUAGUGGCUCCGACUCCUCCUCAGACCAACCAAGAGGAGGAGAGGGAGACCUGGGGGAAGAAAAUCGACUUCCUCCUGUCUGUGAUUGGGUUCGCAGUGGACCUCGCCAAUGUCUGGAGAUUCCCCUACCUCUGCUAUAAGAAUGGAGGAGGUGCGUUCCUAGUGCCAUACCUGUUCUUCAUGGUGAUAGCAGGCAUGCCUCUCUUCUACAUGGAACUGGCUGUGGGACAGUAUAACAGAGAGGGGGCUGCAGGCGUGUGGAAGAUCUGUCCUAUAUUUAAAGGUGUAGGCUUCACAGUGAUCCUCAUCUCCCUCUAUGUUGGUUUCUACUAUAACGUCAUAAUCUCCUGGGCGCUGUUCUACCUCUUCUCCUCAUUCACCAGCGAGCUGCCAUGGGUCCACUGCAACAACACUUGGAACAGUCCUAACUGCUCCGACCGGGCUGACAACAGCUCAGUCAGUGACAUUUACAAGCCCACGCCUGCUCAUGAGUAUUUCGAACGAGGGGUGCUCCACAUCCAGGACAGUAAAGGUAUUGGUGAUCUGGGCCGUCCACGCUGGCAGUUGACUUGCUGUCUUGCUGUAGUGAUUGUUCUGCUCUACUUCAGUCUCUGGAAGGGAGUCAAGACCUCUGGAAAGGUUGUGUGGAUCACAGCCACAAUGCCCUAUGUGGUCUUGACUGUGCUGCUGCUCCGCGGAGUCACCUUGCCUGGAGCCAUCGAUGGCAUUAAGGCUUACCUCUCCGUGGACUUCCUGAGACUCUGUGACGCCAAGGUCUGGAUCGAGGCAGCGACACAGAUCUGUUUCUCUCUGGGAGUGGGGUUUGGUGUGCUAAUUGCCUUUUCCAGCUACAACAAAUUCAGCAACAACUGUUACAGAGACGCCAUCAUUACCAGCUCUAUCAACUCUUUAACCAGUUUCUUCUCCGGCUUUGUGGUCUUCUCCUUCCUCGGGUACAUGUCCCAGAAACACAACAUAGCCCUGGACAAAGUUGCCACAGAUGGUGCUGGUUUGGUGUUUGUCAUUUACCCAGAAGCCAUUGCAACAUUACCUGGAUCGUCGGUGUGGGCGGUUAUCUUCUUCAUCAUGCUGUUAACACUGGGGAUUGAUAGUGCUAUGGGAGGGAUGGAAUCGGUGAUCACGGGACUGAUUGAUGAGUUUAAAUUCCUCCACAAGCACAGAGAGCUGUUCACCCUCUUCAUUGUGGUUGCCACCUUCCUUAUAUCUCUCUUCUGUGUUACAAAUGGUGGGAUGUAUGUGUUCACUCUGCUGGACAAUUUUGCGGCAGGAACAUCGAUUCUCUUUGGAGUGCUUAUUGAAGCCAUUGGCAUCGCAUGGUUUUACGGAGUGGACCGAUUCAGUGAUGACAUCGAAGAGAUGAUUGGCCAGCGACCAGGCAGGUACUGGAGACUGUGCUGGAAGUUUGUCAGCCCCUGCUUCCUCCUGUUUAUGGUGGUGGUGAGCUUUGCCACAUUCCACCCUCCAACCUACGGCACCUACAUGUUUCCUCCAUGGGCUAACAUGGUGGGGUGGUGUCUGGCCAUUUCCUCAAUGUCCAUGGUGCCUCUCUACGCCAUCUACAAACUCUGCACACUGCCUGGAAAGUUCUGUGAUAGACUGGCUUAUGCCAUCACCCCAGAGACAGAACAUCACUUGGUAGACAAUGGGGAGGUUCGGCAGUUCACACUGCAUCACUGGUUGGUGGUCUGAAAAGUACAGAGAGAUAAAAAGAGUGAAAGAGUGUGUGUGUGUGUGUGUGUGUGUGUGUGUGUGUGUGUGUGUGUGUGUGUGUGUGUGUGUGAGACAGAGAGGGGGAGAGAGAGAGAGAAAGAGAAAUAAAAUGGAGUAUGGGCAUUGGGUGGAUGAAUGAAUGCACAGCAAAGGUCUGAAGAACUACAAAGAAGAAAGCUAUGGCCAUUUAAAUCGAUCAUGAUGGCGGCGGUGGUGGGAGCAGUAUAAAAGUGCCGACACAAAAACAAAAAACAUAGACAUUGUAGUGUGCUUUAAUUUCAACAGUGGAUGUGUGAAGCUGUGCAUUGACCCUCUCCACUAUUGUGUUGACACUGGUGAACGGGAUUCAGUCAAACAUGUAACGUGGUGUUCAAACUGCUUCUUCCAUAAAUACAAAAUUCUUCCUUAAAGGAACAAUAAAAAGAUUCAAAAUUUUGUUUAUAUUUAAUGGGGUGAAGAUGUUGAGUUAAACAUAUUUUUAAACUGUAUUUGGAAAUGACUUUUUUUAAGAUCAUUUGUAUUUAUUCUAUAUUUUCUCAGUCAGUUAUUGUUAGCAGUAGGUGUCAUUUUUUAAUUUAAUUUUCAAGUUGUCAUUCUGCAUUACAACGAUAAACAAUAUAGAUACAAAUAAACUUUUUUUAGCAGUCAAAUGUAAUGAAUGCCACAGGUUUUUACUGAAUCCCACUUGUUUAUUACUAUCAUUUAUUUGCUUGCUCCUCUUUAAGACUGUUAUGAUAUACACAAUUCAUACAGAGGAAAAGACACCUACUUUUGUUUACAUCUAAACAGUUUAUACAUAUUUAUACAAUUAUAUAAGAGCUGCUACAACAACAGACCAAAAUAACAUCAUCUGAAAAUCGUCUGAAUAAACAUUACCUGAGCUUUCUCACUACACAAAAAUGAAUCAUCAGUUACAAAUCAAUAGAAUUGAUCGUCUGAAAAUUGAAGUCACUUCCUCUCACCAUGUUCCUGCUUUUUAGUCAUGUUGGAUGGACCGACAAAAAGUGUCAUUCUAACACAUGGUUGAAUAUAUUCUAAAAAAAUAAAUAUUAAAACUGUCUGUAAUCAGACUUAAACUGGUUUAUACAUCUCUGAAGGCCUAUCAGCCUAAUAAGUGAACAAACACUCCAAACUCGCCAACUUCCAAAUAAUUGUCACUGACACACAAAAACACCAUCAGCCACACUGCUGACUUAAUCAACCAAAGACUGAAAUCAAUCUCUUUCUUUUAACCAAUAGACCGCUUGAUUGUUAACUUAUUGUACAGAGUCAAUCUCUCUUUCCCCAUUAUAACAAAUUAUCGCCAAUGCACAUUUCAUUUUUAUUCAAUUAAGCAUUCGUUGUGUUUUUAUCCCCACAAAGUUUCCAGUGGUGAUUCAAAAGCUCAGACUGUCACAUUUCCAGAAAGCAUAAAGCUUUAAUUUUACCGUUUACAGAAUCGUAUUAGGUGUUUCAAAAAUACUGUUUAAAAAGCUGCUUUUUAUUGAACUGCAAAUGAAUAGUGUGUAAUGUAAUAUAUAAAGUAAUUUAAGUUAUAUAUCUGUGUAAGUAAAUGUAAUGUAGAGGGGCUUGUAUCGUAUUGUACUGUAUGAUAUUGAAUAACAAGACCACUACUGUAUAUAUAUGGGUUAUUGCUUUGUUACCGUGAAGUUGAUAAAUAUUACGAAUCUUGAUGAGAAUUACAUGGCAUGGAUAAAUCCAUAUACACUUUCUCCUUAUAAACUCUCUCUGUUAAAUCAGAGAGCAUAAGACGUUUUUUCAAACUGGUCAGCGAUGACCGGUUGUCACUUUGUGGUACAUGUAACACAUUGAAGGGUAAAUUAUGUCCCAAAUUGUAUGCCUGUGCUGCUGUACUGUGCCUUGUGGUGUUUCUGACUGUAUGACUUUGUUUUGUACUGUCAA